AGACGUGUUACAGCAGCUACCUGCUGUCAGAUUCCCACGCAACCCAGAUCCUCGUCGCAAAGCGAUGGAGAAGAGCCGGGUCCUCGUCGUGGGCGGCACCGGCUACAUCGGCCGGCGGAUCGUGCGGGCGAGCCUGGCGCAGGGCCACCCAACGUACGUCCUUAUGCGGCCGGAGAUCGGCCUCGACAUCGACAAGCUCCAGAUGCUGCUGUCCUUCAAGGCCCAAGGCGCCCGCCUCCUGGAGGCCUCGCUCGAUGACCACGCGAGCCUCGUCGCCGCCGUGGCGCAGGUCGACGUGGUGGUUUCGGCCAUGUCCGGGGUGCACUUCCGCAGCCACAACCUGCUGCUGCAGCACAAGCUCGUCGAGGCUAUCAAGGAGGCCGGGAACGUCAAGCGGUUCAUACCAUCAGAAUUUGGCUGUGACCCAUCAAGGAUGGGGCAUGCUCUUGAACCAGGAAGGGUUUCAUUUGACGAGAAGAUGGAGAUUAGAAGGGCAAUAGAAGAGGCAAACAUUCCCCACACCUACAUUUCUGCUAACUGCUUUGCUGCUUACUUCUGUCCUAACCUCUGUCAAAUGCGCACUCUUCUGCCGCCCAAAGAAAAAGUUUGUGUAUAUGGAGACGGCAAUGUCAAAGUGAUAUUUGUGGAUGAAGAUGAUGUGGGAACAUAUACAAUUAAGUGUGUUGAUGAUCCUCGAACCUUGAACAAGACAAUAUACCUAAGACCACGAGAAAACAUCCUCACCCAAAAUGAGGUGAUCAUGAAUUGGGAAAAGCUAUCUGGAAAAAUUCUUGAGAAAAUCCACAUUCCUGCUGAAGAAUUCUUGGCUUCAAUGAAAGAUAUGGACUUUGCCUCUCAAGUCGGAGUUGGACACUAUUACCACAUUUUCUAUGAAGGUUGCUUGACAAACUUUGACAUUGAGGAUGGGGCAGAUGCUACUCUGCUAUACCCUGAGGUUCAAUAUACCUGCAUGGAAGAAUACAUAAAACGAUAUGUGUAACUGCAACAAUUGUAAACUUAUCACAUGGACCAUUUAGUCUUUUGCUCCUCUAUUAUUUAUGCUAGCUACUCUCUGUAAUUUGCUAUUGUGACCCUUAAGAUGUAUUUUGUGCCAAUCAAUAAGUAAUGGAAAGUAUUCAAGUGGGAAA